AUAAAAAGGUGACAUAGAGUUGUAGCUUUAUAAUAAAGUUAAAGACCAAAGUGUAAGAGAUUGUAUUAUAGUCUGCAAAAAAUGUUGUUUGUUGAGCAGGGUUGGCAAAAUUGGAACAAUUGUAGUUUUUUUUUUGGUACAAUUAAAUCUUUAAAAGUACAUUCGUAUACCGAUAACCCAUUUUAUACAAUUUCAAUUUUUAUUUCCUUAUUGAAAUAAUAGUUUAAAAUUAUACUUUUAACACAAAGUUCAAAGAACUACCGACUUCGAUCAAAUUUUUUAUAAUUUUCAAAAGAUGAAAUUUUCAAUUCUUCUUUAUAUUCUAUAAUAUUGUAAAGAAUCUUGAAAGAAAUUACAACCAGACAAGCAGGAAUAACAUCUAAUCUAUAGACUAGUCUAUUGUCUAGUUUAUAAACUACUCUAGUCCAUAAAGAGACAAUGGAAAUCUUUGAAAUAGUAUUAAAGUUUAGUUAGUUUAGUUUAAAAGGAUUGUUUACCAAAAAGGUAUACAUCAACUCGGAGACCCAGGAGGGUCCAUUGUGAUUCCCUUUAAGAAGAAACAAGAAAAAUAAAAAGAAAGAAGAUAGAAAAGCCGCAGAGAUAAGUUUGAAAUUAUUGAAUUCCUAUUCUAAUAGAAAAAGAAUGUUGAUAGUAUUGGAAGGGAAUUCUACGAGGUCCGUCGCCUAAAUAGCCAAUCCACUCCCCUGACAAAAUCUAGAAUGUCGCUUAUACUACACCUAGCUAUAUCUCUUAAAUCAUCAUCAUCAUGUUGUUUCUUGCCAUUUCCGUUUCCGAUUCUGUGCACCAGGACAGUCACACAAAAUAUGUUCUAUUGUCUCUAGCUACUCUUCGUCCUCACACAACCUACAAAACUCCUGUGUGUUAAAAGACCCAAUUACCCAAAAAGGCGCCUAUUGCGCAGUGACAGGUUAUCACUCUUAUAAGAAUUCUAAUACUUCUCCUGUCCAAUCCUAAUAGUGUUUUGGUUGCGUUGACAUUCAACCUCGGCCAUAAGGCUUUGAAUACCCUGCAAUCCAUCCUCCUAUGCCAGGAUUAGUUGGAGGAGUUCCUGAAUUUGUCGGAGAUUAACCUAUAGUAGUAGAAGAUAGGAGGUUUCACCGACCUAACUCCAGAUCUAUUCCUUGUCUGGCAAGUUCAUUUGCGAUCUCUAUAUUACAGUGCCCAGGAAACCAACACAACCUGAUUUUAUAUAUCCCUGAUAGAUCGUGGAUAGCAUCCCUGCAGUUGCUUACUAAUCUGGUAUGAACUGCAUGACAUUUUAGGGCCUUAAGUGCCCUGUAAUAGUAUUAAAACUAGUAUAUAUACUAGUUUAUUGUCUAGUUUAUAGAGAAUAGCCUAUUGCCUAGUCAAUGGACUAGGACUUGCUUGAAUUUAAAAAUUCCAUUUGCCAUCCCUGUUGUUGAGUAAAAAAUUUUCUCUCUAAAACUACUGUGAGAUUAAAAGACUACAGUUUCGAUUUGAAUUGAAGUAUUUUAUAAAAUUAUAAUAAAACAAAGAAAUUUUGGCAAUUGUUUAUUAGUUAUUUUAAAAUUCUUACAAAUCAUUGUUGAAAAAAAACACUUCCACUUAGUAAAGGUUUCAGUAGUUUGCAUAAAUUACUUUAAUAUUUAAAACUUUGUAUGAAAUAUUGAAUAUAUUUACGCUGUACUUGAACUAAUAACACAUUAAACUAUUUCAUUUCAACAAACAAUCCUUUUUUGCAACACAUAUAAACAUACAACCACUUCACACUUUCUUCUAGCUAUUGCAUGUAAUACCCAAAGUAUAUAAAUAUAUAAUACCCAAAGUAUAUAAAUAUACUUUGGUAAUACCUAUACCGUUAUUUUGGUAUGCAAUUGAAAAUCAUUUAAAAACUUGAAAUCUAAAAAAAAAAUACAAAAUGCAAAAAUUAGUUUACUACUAAAAAGAAAAAUCAUAACUUUUGAGUGACAGCUUAAAAUACAAGUAUAGAUGUAAUAAUAUAAAGGUUGAUUUAUAAACUAUAUAACAAUAAAAAUCAAGUGCAAUAUAAUAGGCCCAUGUCAAUAUUGAAUAAUAUAUUCCAACAAAUAUGUAAAUGAAAAUUAAAUAAAGAAAAGUGGGUGUGAAAGUUAUGAAUUGAAAAAAAAAAAUAAAACGAAAUGCAACGGAAAUAAAUUGUUAGAAAGUUAACAUGUUUAAGUAAGAAAUGUGCAAGCAAUUACUCUUAUAACAUAGGCUAAAGACAGCGGACGUUUGGAAACAACGAAUACAAAAAAAGAAAGGAUUUAAUUAAAACUAUUUAAAUGGCUGCACAAUUUAAGCAACUUGGUGGUACUCCUAUAACUCCAGAAUUGGCAGUGGAACUAAGACAAUUAGUUUUUGGCACCUCAGCCAUACCUAUGCGAGCAGAAUGGACUCAUACUCCCUUUACUUUUGCCUCAGCAAAAGAAGAAUUUGCCUAUGGCUUAAGAUCUCCACGUAAUGCUACUCGCGGUUUGUUAUCAGUGGUUCAGGGUUUUAUUUUAAAACAUUUACUAUUUGGUCGCAAAUCCUCUAGAAGUGCUGCCAUGGCAGAUCCUCUACAACCCUCUCUCGAUAUGCAACGUGAAUCUUUAUUCUUGGCUUUAUUGGAAAUUUUACGUUCUAUAGCGGAUAAAUCAAAAGUUAUUAUAGUUUUACCUUCACCCGUUGAUGAGUGUUUUGUGGAACAUAGUGCCACCUAUUUUCAUGAUGGCAUAACUGAAAAGCUUUACAUUUUCCAUUUAAAUCCCAAUGAGGAAUUGGAAUUUUUUCUUAAACGUUAUUUUAAAAUUUUUACUGAAGAAGAUGCUCCUGGUACUUUAUUGUUUUUAUAUAGUGCCGUUUUGACACGCACUAUGGGCAAGGUACGCAGUGAUCUCGAUUCUACUAAAAUUGUCCCCCUAACCAUGAGCAACAAUGAGGAAGGUUCUCUAAUGAUAGUAACACUUUUACUUACUGGACGUGCCACGCCCUACAUACACAACGGUGUUAUAAAUGUAGGCGAUGAAAAUAGUUAUGCCUCUCCCCAAUAUGGUAUUUUAAAACGCUGUGCUAUUGGUUUACUACUGUGGGAGAAUGAAAGUGGUCAGCUUAAUUCUGCAGUGGCACGUCAACCAGGUUCACGUCUGAAGACACCUAAUUAUCCCAUAUGGAUAACUCUAUGUGCUGGACAUUAUGGUGUCAUGUUUAAUAAAAAUCCUGAACUUUUGCGUAAUUAUCAUGCUGAAUCACGUUUUGAUUUGUAUUAUUAUAGUUGCUCGGGUCGUGAAAUAGCCAUGACUAUUGAUAAUCGUGUUUACAACGAACAGGCGGCUGGUAUGUUAGAGAAUCAACAAUCUUCUUCGGAAAAUACUUCUAUUACGGCAAGACCUUCGAAAGAGGAAAAUUUCUCUAAGGAUGAAUCAUCGGCGGCUAAGGAUGAGACGACAGUUAAUACGCCUCUACAGAAAUUGGUGCAUACUAAAUGGGAAGAGGCUCAAAUUAAGUUUCAUGUUCAACCCUCCAUGUUGAGUUAUUUGUUUAGUACUCAGCAGUAAGAGGUUUGAAGUUGUUGUAGAGCAUAGAGAGUUUUUGAAGAGAGGGUUAUAAUAAGAGCUUAAAAGUGCUAUUAGUUUUCUAAGGCUGCGUUAAAGGGCAGUGCUUAAUGCUUAAGCUUUUGUUUCUGUUUAAUUAAAAAUAAUGCAAUAAAAUCUUUUAUAAGCUUUUAAAAUA